AUGCCAAGACGGUCAUUGCAGCCACAGGGGCCCUGCCUGACACAACAACAAGAACUUGAAACAAAGUCUGGAGCUCCAAGCAUAUCACCUACAGUUUCACUGAAAUCUGCAGCCAAGCAAAUGCAGUCAAUGGACACGCCACAGGACAUGCUCUACUCACACGCAACAAGUAGAUACAGGAAGGCCAUGCGCCUGACGUCCCCCAAGCCACAAAACAAGAUCACAAGGUGCCAGCAAGCCGUCUGUGAGCAAGCAGUUCGGCAUAUAAGUGAGUGA